AUGGUACUUGAAGGCUUCUUUAAAAUUCAUCAAAACCAUUUUAGAUUCGAAUCUACACCUCCGAGACAUGGCCUUCUCGUAUAUUUUGGGGAGUGGUAGUUGUUACAUGCGUUACUUUUUUCAUGAUUCAGGUGCCACCCAAGUUUCUAAAAAUUGAUAGUGAAAGUUUAAUAAAGACAGGGUGGAAUUUUACUCAAGUUCUAUUAUUCCCAUCCGACGGCCAUGAAAAUUGAUGAACUCCUCUUGCCACAUACGUUUUUACCAUCUAUCUCGAUCUGCCCGUAUGGAUUCAAACAAAAUGGUAUAAUUGUUAAAAAUUCCUGAUAAUAGUUUGAAAAUUUCAUUGUAUUACAUUUGAAAGGUGAUUUUUUAAGAUUAUAUGUUUCGUAUUAUUAUGAAAGGGGAAAAAAUGAUAGAAGUUUCACAGAAUGAUUUGAACGUUUCUAGCAGGGAAAUUCUAAUUCGAGACAGGUAUUUCAGUUUAGAUUCUCGCAAACAUAACACGUCAACUUUUCAGCUAUUUAUGUAAAGAUGUGAUUAAAUCGGUUUCAUUCGGACAUUCACAAAAAAUCGAUUUCUGCAAUAUGUCGCGUGCACCUAUAUCCGAUUUUGGAAAGUGUUUCACAUUUGAUGAUUGGAAGAAGAAUCCUACAUCUUCAAUAACAUUGGAACUGAAAAAUAAUUUUCAAAGUAAAGUAACUGCGCCAAGGAAUUCUGGCAACGGCACUCUACCGCGAUCGUACAAGAACAUCCUGCAGCUGCUGCAAGCUUCGUCGAUUUAGCUCGAGACUUACAUCGAGAGCGGAAGAGUGCGAUGGCCAGACUUCUGCGGCUGAAAUUAAUGCUUAAAAAUAGACUUGUAACAGGCCGGGCCGGUCUUUUGCGUGCGUAAAAACAUUGAAAAAAAAAGAAAUUUCUGGAAAAUAAACCAAACAUUUUGAAAAAUUUUAAUAUUUUCUCUUGAAACUGGCCGACUGGGCCCGCCCUGUAUUUGGCAAGUCUGAUUCAAACAAGAGCCAUUGACUUUAAUGUAUUCAGAAGCAUUCACAGCUCACAUUCACAGUGGUCUAAUCGACGCUUCAAAGUUAUCAUCUCAUUACUGGAUUAAAACAGGAACACAUGCAAAGUUAUCAUUCAGUAUUCAAGAAGUAAUCUUUCUUAUAUAUAAAGCACAAGAGCCAUCUGUCCGUCUGCCUGUCUUUUUGUAUGUUCGCUGACUUGUGAGCGUAGCAGAAAAAAGACGGACCGGACAAAACCGAACCCGUUUUCCCACGUAGUCACCAACUUGUGUAUACAUAUAUACUCUAUUUUACAACAAUGUACUUUGUUCAGAAACGUUUGUUAUCUAGAUCUAAUUGGGGGAAAUGCAAAGACAAUCAGAAUGGGUAUCCUUAUAGUCAAUCAGAAUGUUUCGAGCACUGCUCAAUGGCUGGAUUUUCCCGUGGGUGAGUUUUUCAAAUUCUCUGUUGCUCUGCCAAAGCAAGCGAUAACUUUUAUUUCAGUUGCGAUUGUCAGCCGUUUUUUGAUGGAACGACUCAAAAGCAUUGCAUUGUUGAACAACUUUUGAACUGCACCAAGUGUCAGUUAAGAAAUUUAUGAGAAAAACCAAAGAAACCGUUUUCAGUUGCACAAGUGGAGUGUGAUUGUCCUGUUCAAUGCUACUCACACGAUAUUCAUCUUCGACCACUGUCUUCGAUAAAGAACAUGCAGAAGUGACUGAUCUAUAAUGGAAAAAAGGCAUUACCAAAAAUGAUUAACGUUUCAGUACGACAACAGUAACAUUUCAAUUGAAUUCGUUAAGAAUGAAAAGCCAUCGACAGUACAAAAGAUUUAAACAAAUCGACUUGAUGAGUAAGUCAACAUGCAUGGGAAGGUAACCAUGAUUGUGCCUUACCAUGAGCCUGAGUCUUACCUUAUGCCUAAUUUCUACUACAUUUAAUAAAAAUUUAAAUUAAAAGAAUUGCAAAAAUACCUUACGGAGAAGUAAAACUGCGUUUUCUUUAUUGAGACAUUAUUGUUCACUAGACAGAAAAUAAUUCCUCAUAAGGUAAGAUAACGCUUAGUGCUCUUUUCAAUUAAAUUUCUUUCAAUUAUUCUUUCGAAAAAUCUCAAAACAGAAACAAAACUAGCAGUCCUGUCAUACAGCUACAUGGUUUGUAUUUGGCAUAAAAGCACUUCAUUUUCAUUUUUUACUUUUAUGCUUAACUUGACAUCGGCGUACUGUGCAAUUUAUGUUCUUGCUUUGAAACAAUUUGAUGUUUAAAGUGAUUCUUAUUAUAGAUUUGUAUGCUCGAACUAAACGUCUUCAGGUUAUAUUGGUGGAGUGAUGGGAUUAUUUCUCGGAAUGAGCUGCAUAACACUUAUUGAAGUGUUCAUCUAUCUCGUGAAAACAGUUUUUGGUACUUUGAAUGGAACGAGGCACAAGGAAUUUGCGGAUAAGUUCAUGUCAGAUGACUCCGACAGUUUCCGAGGAUCACAUGAAGAAAUAAUUAUCACUCAAAAAAUGUGAGUUGAUAAUAUUAUUCGUGAAAAUGUCUACAAGUGUUUAUCAGAAAAAAGAAUGUCGAUCUGUCUCCACUUGUUGAAGAGAGAUUGGAAGAGCCAACUUUUUCAAUUGAAAAUAAACGGUUUUCUUGUAUUGCUCCAAUUCUGGAUAACCCGAUGAACGGUAGAAAAGUAAGAACAUACGAUUUCUAUGGUACGUACAACUACUAUUUUUCAGUUACCACCUUAUCGAUCAAACUACGUGUUGAAAAGAAAUUCGACGUAUCUUGGAGCUUGUGAUUUUUGA